UUCCUCUCCUCCUCUUCUCCCUCCUUCCUUCCUUCGCUCCUCUCCUCUUCUCCCCCCUUCCUUCCUUCCCUCGCUCCUCUCCUCUUCUUUUCUCCUCCCCCCAGCUAGUGGAGGGUGAAUGUGGGACUCCCACUGAGCAGACAGACAGAAGAACAGCUAGAGGUCCCAUCCAUCCGUCUGUCCGUCCCUGUCUCUCUCUCUCACGUCUCUCUGGCCUCCGCCCAGACCCAGGAAUAGGAACCAGGGGUCCAGGCCAAGAGGGAGUCACUGUGUUACUGGAACCCAGCCAGAGAGACUCUGUCUCCUGCUACGGCCAGAAGGAUUCCUGCUACAUGGGUAAACACUUGGAACAGCAACAGAUGUACCCCCAAUACAUCUACUAUUACCCCCACUACCUCCAGACUAAGCAGUCCUAUGCCCCUCCCCCUUCCACCAUGGUCCCUCCCAGUCCCAGCCCUAACAACGGUCACCACAGAGGAAGAGGAGGAGGCUGUAAUAUGGAGCAGCUCAGUCAAACUAACCUGUACAUCAGAGGACUGCCCUCUGGGACCAGUGACCAGGACCUCAUCAAACUAUGUCAACCAUAUGGGAAAAUAGUGUCAACCAAGGCCAUACUGGACAAGAACACUAAUCAAUGCAAAGGUAUGCUGGAAUCCCCAUAAAACACUCAGAUCCACAUUGAUCAUGUUUAGUGUUUAGAU